AUGGCGGUGCAGGGAACCAUCUUCCCCGCUCCCAGUUUCAACCCCAUGAUGGACGCCCAAAUGCUGGGGGGCGCGCUCCAGGGAUUUGGCUGUGACAAGGACCUGCUGAUCGACAUCCUGACCCAGCGCUGCAACGCCCAGAGGCUGGUGAUCGCUGAGGCCUACCUGAGCACCUUUGGCCGGGACCUGGUUAGUGACCUGAAGGAGAAGCUUUCCGAUCACUUCAAGGAAGUCAUGGUGGGCCUCAUGUACCCACCGCCCUCCUACGAUGCCCACGAGCUCUGGCACGCCAUGAAGGGAGCAGGCACUGAUGAAAAUUGCCUCAUUGAUAUACUAGCUUCAAGAACAAACGGAGAAAUUUUCCAGAUGCGAGAAGCCUACUAUUUGCAAUACAGCCGCGACCUGCAGGAGGACAUUUACUCAGAGACCUCGGGACACUUCAGAGAUACGCUGGUGAACUUGGUCCAGGGAACCAGGGAAGAAGGGUACACGGACCCUGCCACGGCUGCCCAGGACGCCAUGGUGCUGUGGGAGACCUGCCAGCAGAGGACAGGGGAGCACAAAACGCUUUUGCAAAUGAUCCUGUGUAACAAGAGCUACCAGCAGCUGUGUCUGGUUUUCCAGGAAUUUCAAACUAUUUCUGGGCAAGACAUAGUAGAUGCCAUCAAUGAAUGUUAUGAUGGAUCCUUUCAAGAGCUGCUAGUUGCAAUCGUUCUCUGUGUUCGAGACAAACCAGCCUAUUUUGCUUACAGAUUAUACAGUGCAAUCCAUGACUUUGGUUUCCAUAAUAAAACCGUGAUCAGGAUUCUAAUUGCCAGAAGUGAAAUAGACCUGAUGACCAUAAGGAAACGAUACAAAGAGAGAUACGGGAAGUCCCUCUUCCAUGAUAUCAGACAUUUCGCUUCAGGGCAUUACGAGAAGGCUCUGCUUGCCAUCUGUGCUGGUGAUGCUGACGAUUACUAA